UCCAUGUGUAACAAUGCCUAUAUAUGGACUUUCUCAUGUCUUACAACCUUAACUUUUUGUUACUAGCUAUAUGAGGUUAAAUUAAUUUAAUUAGUCCAUACAUAUCCAGCUUCAGUCAUUAUAUUCUUGAUCAACAUAUAUGGGUUGGCGUGGGUGGUACAGAAAGAUCACUGGCCUUAAGACACGAAAGAAUGGUCCGUCUAAAUGGUUGCAGUCAGUAAGAACCGAAGCAAAUGGUGGUUCAAGCAAGAACAAUGAACUGACUGAAGAAAUUGCUGCCACUAGAAUUCAAAGAGCCUUCAGGGCAUACAAGCAGGGUAGAAAAGCUAUUCGGCGUCUAAGAGGGACAGUGAAAUUCCAGGGCGCCAUUGAAGCAGCUUAUAGUGUAAACGACCAAGUUGCUGCAACUCUGAAGCAUAUACAUUCAUGGAGCAGAAUCCAGUCGGAGAUCAAAGCCCGUCGCCUCUGCAUGGUCACUCAAGGCCGGCUCAAGCAGAAGAAGAUUCAGAAUCAGAUCAAGCUUGACGCUAAGCUUCAUGAGCUUCAGGUGGAAUGGAGCAGUGGGUCAGAAACCAUGGAGGAAAUCCUUCAAAAGAUUCAGCAGAGGGAAGAAGCAGCUGUUAAAAGGGAAAGGGCAAUGGCUUAUGCAUUUUCUCACCAGUGGAGGGCAAAUUCAGGUCACUAUUUUGGGCAAGCAUACUACAAUCUGGGGAAAGAGAGCUGGGGAUGGAGCUGGAAGGAGAGAUGGAUAGCGGUUCGCCCAUGGGAAAUCAGGGUUCAAGCAGACCCAAAAAAGGCAGGCAAAACAGCAAGCUUGGGACCUGUUAAACUUGUUGUUUCAGUCAACAAUCCUCCAUUGUCAAAUGGUAAGAUCUCGACUCCAGCAAGAAAACCAUCUGACCAUAACCCUGAAACUCAAACUCCCCAAGAGCCUGUUUAGACUCGAAAAAUCUUCCAUAGUUUUUCUAUUUAUUUGUUAUGGUUGUGAUGAUGGAAUUGAAUUGGUUUGUUGUGUCUAUACCAAGAAAGAAACAAAAAGAGAAGAGAAAAAAAAAAGUGUUUUCGUGAUAAUGAUGAAAGGGAUGAUGGGAACUUCUACAAUAUGUUUUUUGGAUUCUUGUAAGCCAUUUAUUUAUUUCUGGUUUAUGGUGUAACCACAACUAUGGUCUGUA